UUUGAGGGGAUGGGGGCAAGAUUGUGGGCUUCUUGUAUCUGUCACAGAGCCUCAGGUUGUUGGUUAAACAGCAAAAUGUAAGAUACCAAAGGUGCAAAAUCACAUAAUUGAUUCCCAGGGCCUUCCUGUCAAAUGUGUUUGUUUGCCUUUCGAGAAAGUUCCAGAUUGUCACUCAGCUCAAAGGACCUCAUUCUCCUCCAGCCUGAGGGUUGGUCCUUUCAGCAAGUUCUCAUCACUAGAUCUCUGGAAAGAGACCUCCUCAGUUCCAGAGAGGGAUCCAAGAACUCUCUGCGUCCUCUCGCUCUCCUCCCGGGACCCGUUUCUGUGUAGUGCCUCAGUGUUAGAGUCGAUGGGACUUUGGAAGGACUGUUGAGGAUACAGAGGCCAAGUGUGUAGUGCUUCCUCCCAAGCUUGUCCCCACGCCGAGAGGCCGCCAGGAGAGAGUAAGGAAAGGCUGGCAUUGCACCAGGAGUUCCUCUGCCCACAGGAGGCGCAGGGCCCCACAGGGCUGUCUGGUCUCUGGACGAGUGCUGUUAACAGUGACCUUCGCCUCUUAUGGAACCUGCUCACGGAGGGGCACAGGAGACAAGCUCUCCUUCUGCCCUGUGCAGUCCCGGUCCCCUGCCUGGCUCUUGGACCUUAGCCGUUUCCCCUGGAUAUUGCCCACGGAGCUGCUGGCAGGGGUCACGUGUGAGCAGUCAUGCUUUCUUCCUCCAGCCCGCCCAGGCUGCACUCUCCUCUUACAGGCCAUUGAGAAGCCACUACACAUGGCUUGGCCCGUUUCACAUAACCCGAAACUGUGUGUCCACCUAAUCAUUACACAAUUUUAAUUGGAUACCAGUUGUUUGCUGGUGGGUGAUUCUGUUACCAGUAAAAGCCCUUUUGCUGCAUAGCAUUCUAAAUGAAGCUCAGUUACCUGAGUCCCACCAAGAGCUCUCCUGGCUUCUGUCCCUUCAGCCUUCCCUUGAAUUCGUUUGUCCUCAUUCCCUGGUUAUCCUCUGUAAUUCCUUUCUUAGCAGGCGUGGUUCCUGCCUUCCUGUCUUCCUAAACUUGUGGGCCUUAGAGGGAGCCAUAGGUGUGUGUUCACUCCACCUGCCUCUGGUUUCUUUCCCUGCCUCCCUGGGUCGUCUCCUCCCCCACCUCCCAGCAUACAGGCAUGCACUCCUUUCUCAGUAGCCCGGUGAACCCAGGCCCUGUGGCUUCUUGGAGCCAAUGAAGCUGGACUGUAGAAGUGUCUUUGAAUAUGAGCCGUGAAUGACACUCACUGGCCCCAAGCAGCUGUGCUCUCCAGGGCUGUUUCUGCUGCUUCCUGGGUGUAGGCCGCCUCAGCCUUCAGGAUCUAGGCCAGGUGGGUGCUGGCGGGGCAAGGCUUCCAGGCCCCUCUUUCCUCAUGGGCUGGGGGCCCAGACCCCCUGUGCUUCUCCCUCACAGCAUCCGCACCUGAGUCGGUAGGGUCAGUACCCCGUGUCCCCACAUCCUGAACCUUGCUGAGCAAUGGGGUGGCCUUGCAUCCUCGUGUUCCAGCACUCAGCACAGUGGCAUUCAGAAAGCGUCUCGAAUGCCUGUUGAAAUGAUCCAGCCUGCAAGAUUCCCUCCCAGCCCACUCUGCAGUCACGCCUGAAGAUGCUUGCCGAGAGCCUGCUGUGUGCCCAGCCUUCUGAGGCACGCCUGUCACCGGCACCUUGCUUGGAAUUCAGACCAGUCAGGAUUCUAGCUUCUGACAGCUGGGCUUCCUCCUCCUGCUUCUCAUUCCCUGCAGCUAGCUGGUUUCUCCUGUGCCCUUGGGGGGUGUUUUCCCAGACUUACUGCUGGGAGGACCUUUUAAACUCAGAAGAUAAAGAUCCUGAAUUAGUGGGGCCCCAUUGCAAUCCCAGCCGUCUGUGGGUAGACCAAGCCAGCGGCUUGCUUGAAGGAAAUUGGUUCCUCAACUAGGGAUCAGACCUGGGUCAGGGCAGUGAAAGCACAGAGUCUCAAUCACUGGACCGCUAGGGAAUUCCUCGCAGGGAACCUUUUUGAGUGGUAAAGUUAGGACUUUACCCUGCUUGGGUCCCAUCUUUAGGCUCAGGUGCCACUGCUAAGACCUGCAUUUGAACUUCCGACCAGUACUAGCAGAUGGGCCAGCCAGCUGGCCUGCGGUGCUGUGACUAAUGCCUCCUCAAUGGUUACACCCGUUUAUGCCUGGCACGUGCCUUCCAUUGUGUGCCAUCAGCCAAGGGCCCCCUAUCGGGUUCCCGGUAGCUGGCACUCACUGUGGAAUGCCAGUUGCCACUAGUAUUUGAAAAAUUCCCUACGCUGCUUCAGGGCUGAGGCAGAACCCAGCUUGCCAUCUCAUCACAUGAGGAUGCCUGCUGGGAAGUGCACAUACCUAGAACAGACAAGUUACCAGAUGGCCCCUGUGGUUGAGAGUUAAAUUUCCUUCUCAGGCCCAAGUGGUCUGGGAUUUUCCUGAGUCUCCGUCUGUUUCCUUCUCUGUUUCCUCCUCCUUGGGUGCACCGAGUGUGGGAUGUGAGAUGCCGGGCUCCAAGUCACAGUAGGGGAGAAGGGCUGGACUCAUAAGCAGGUCAUCACAGGUGUGCCAAGUUCAAACAGAUCCAGAGAAGGAGGCGUGGAGGUCAGUCCUGCCUGCAGGGUCAGGAGUCUGGAAGGGCCGGUGAAGGAGGGAGCAUUUGAAGCAGAUUCGCCUGAGAGGAGAAGGAAGAACCAGCGUGUCCUAGCUUUCCCCCUUCCCACUGUCAAGACUCCUGAAGCUGCCAUUGGAGGGCAGAUAAAUGUUCUUGAUGCAAGCAAAACAGGAAUGCUCUGAUCACUUACCGAAGGUCACUGAGGCAAACAGCCCUUUGUGAGAUCUCUGGACAGUGUACCAUCCCAGGCUGAAAGGGCAUGGGAUGGCAGACAGGUUAGCCAAGAAGCCUCAGAGAAGGUGCCAGUGGAUGUAGCUGUCCUUUGCCCCCUCCCGCCCCCCACCACGCCCUGCACGAUGAACCCCCCCGCCUACAGCUGCUUUGUGGACAGAGACAAGAUGGACUCGGCCAUCCCGGACCUGGGGCCCAAGGAGCUGAGCUGCAUGGAGCUGCCGGAGCUGAAGCAGCUGGCGCGCCAGGGCUACUGGGCCCGCAGCUACGCCCUGCGGGGGCAGGUGUACCAGCGCCUGAUCCAGGACAUCCCCUGCCGCACGGUCACCCCUGACGCCAGCGUGUACAGAGACAUUGUUGGCAAGAUCGUGGGCAAGCACAGCAGCGCCAGCCUGCCCCUGCCCGAGUUUGUGGACAACACGCAGGUGCCCAGCUACUGCCUGAACUCGAAGGGCGAGGGCGCUGUGCGCAAGAUCCUGCUGUGCAUCAGCAACCAGUUCCCCGACGUCUCCUUCUGCCCCGCGCUGCCCGCGGUCGUGGCUCUGCUGUUGCACUACAGUGCCGACGAGGCCGAGUGCUUCGAGAAGGCUUGCCGCAUCCUGGCCUGCAAGGACCCCAGCAGGAAGCUGGUAGACCAGAGCUUCCUGGCCUUCGAGUCCUCCUGCAUGACGUUUGGGGACCUGGUGAACAAGUACUGCCAGGCGGCCCACCAGCUGAUGGUGGCUGUGUCAGAGGACGUCCUGCAGGUGUACGCGGACUGGCAGCGCUGGCUCUUCGGGGAGCUGCCCCUCAGCUACUUCGCCCGUGUCUUCGACGUCUUCCUGGUGGAGGGUUACAAGGUGUUGUACCGCGUGGCGCUGGCCAUCCUCAAGUUCUUCCACAAGGCGAGGGCGGGGCAGCCGCUCGAGUCGGACAGUGUGAAGCAGGACAUCCGCACCUUCGUCAGGGACAUCGCCAAGACCGUAUCUCCCGAGAAACUGCUGGAGAAGGCGUUUGCCAUCCGCCUCUUCUCUAGGAAGGAGAUUCAGCUCCUACAGAUGGCCAAUGAAAAAGCUCUGAAGCAGAAGGGCAUCACCGUCAAGCAGAAGAGUGUUUCACUUUCUAAAAGGCAGUUCGUGCACCUGGCGGUUCAUGCAGACAACUUCCACUCAGAGAUCGUCGGUGUGAAGGAGAUGAGGGACAUCUGGUCGUGGGUCCCUGAGCGGUUCGCCCUCUGCCAGCCCCUCCUGCUCUUCUCCUCGCUGCAGCAUGGGUACAGCCUGACCAGGUUCUACUUCCAGUGCGAAGGACGAGAGCCCACCGUUCUGCUGAUCAAGACUACGCAGAAGGAGGUGUGUGGCGCCUACCUGUCAACAGACUGGAGUGAGAGAAACAAGUUUGGGGGCAAGCUGGGCUUCUUCGGGACUGGAGAAUGCUUCGUGUUUAGGCUGCAGCCCGAGGUCCAGCGCUACGAGUGGGUGGUCAUCAAACACCCAGAGCUGACCAAGCCCGCGUCCCUGGAGUCCACGUCCCUGGAGUCCACGUCCCUGGAGUCCGCCACUGUUUCACCCUCCCCGAGCCACUCUCUGUCCUCUGAGAGCUCCGACCGCCUCUCGCCGUUCCUGGCUACUCGGCACUUCAACCUGCCCUCCAAGACGGAGUCCCUGUUCAUGGCCGGGGGCAGCGACUGCCUCAUCAUAGGUGGAGGGGGCGGCCAGGCGCUGUACAUCGACGGGGACCUGAACCGGGGCCGCACGGGCCACUGCGACACUUUCAACAACCAGCCUCUCUGCUCUGAGAACUUCCUUAUCGCUGCUGUGGAGGCCUGGGGCUUCCAGGACCCUGACAUCCAGUGACGGCCAUGAGCCAAUGAGCCUGAAGCCUCUGCUGGGCCUCAGGGUAGAGUUAUGCCUGGAAGGGCCCUCUGGGACAGACCCCACACCAGCCAGCAGUAUUUCUGGGCCCUGCCUGGAGAAGCCUGGACCCACGGAUCCUUCUGCAGCCUCCUCUUCUCCAGCUCCGGGCCUCCUUAGUUCCCCAAGCUCCCUGCUGUGGCCCCACUUGACUGCAGUGACCUGGCCCAGGGUCUCGUCUGACCUCUCAUACGCGCUCUGUUACCCUGCCUCCCCUGGUGCCACCUGCCCUCCCAGCUCCUGCCACAUGGACCUUCCUGACCCACCAUCUGUGCAUCUGUCUCACAGUGCCGCCUGGGUGUGCAGGCGGCCCUCCACCCAUGACUCCCUCAGCUGGUCCUGAGGGCCUGGCCACCCAGAGGGAGGAGAGACGUGGACACUCCAGGGAUCCUACCCCCUCGGUGCCCCAUGCGCCCCCACCCCAAGCCUUGUGCUCUCCCUGCUGGGCCUGCAUCCUCACUGCCCACCUCCUCAGAUCUCCGCUGAGCCCGGCCACAGUGAUAUGGAAGGACACACCAGGAACCCUGUGUGGCUUUGGGCAGGCCAGUGAACCUGUCUGGAACUCAGUUUCCCCAACUGUAAAAUGGGGGCCGUUCACCCUGUGCUGCAGGCCCCGCAGGGCUGCUGAGAGGCCUGCAGAGGGGAGAGGUGUUGGGGGGGGGUAGCUUCCUCCCCAGACACCACAGCCCUCGCUGCCCCUCCCCGAGCCCCCUCAGCCCUCACCUGUGCUUCAGUGUUCAUUAAUCAGCUAUGUGAACUGCAGGGAUCCGAGUCUGGUUUCUUCAACCAGAGGGACCUCCCAGGGCUCACCGCCCACCCUGGCUCACCUCCUGCCUGUCAGUCCCGGUCACAGAACAUCAAAGGCCUUUUCAAAACACAGCCUUUCAGAAGCAGCUGAAGGCACACCUGAGCACCAUCUCCUGCCCCUCGGUGAACCUCCUGAGCUGUGGAGUUCUUUUCCUGCUGAGUAAUUCCACAGGAUUCUCUGAGACUGCCCCAGGGCCUCCCCCCACCCAGCUCUGCAGUGGUAGCUGAUGAGUCACCGUUUCUGUAUCAUGAGAUCUGUGUGUGUGUGUGUGUGCACGCAAGAUACUCCUUUCUUUGAAUUUCGUAUCUUCUCCCCAACUUUUCUGCUAAACUAAAAGGUAUGUGUGAUUAUUAUCUUCAGUUUUUUUUAUUCUGAUUACUGUCCUUGUUAUCUGAUAUUUCGGUCUUCCCAAAUAGAGUAUAAUUUAUUUUGUUGACAUUCUCUGUUAUUCCUUCCUGAUUAUUAUUAGCGUUUUCUGUUAAAAAUUAGCCAAAGUUUUAUGGAAUUGCAGAGUGAAUUAUCAUUUGUUUUUCUAGAAACAUUUGAAAAUGUAUUUUAAGAAAAAAAUUGAACAUAGUUUAAACCAGUUCAUUAUCAAAGUAGACUGUAUGCAUUUAAGGCUUCAGAAAAUCAGUUUUCCUAAAACAGCUUAUAUUACAAGAGUAAGUCCAUUGUAUUUUAUGAGUUUUUCCAUUUUAAUUAUUAAAAUAAGUAUUCAAUUUUCCC